GUUUAUCUCCUGCUCAAUGAGACCCUGAUGAUCCCGCCCCGAAUACCUGUCAGAGAGAUCGGCCUAGUCAAAACUGAUCUCCGUCCCUCAUAAUAUCCACCCUACUCGAAUAUGCAGAUCGGAGUCUAAUCGACUGCACUCUGCUCCAUGCGAGCCAUCCUUCCUGGCCGUCCCCAAUCGAAGCGCCAGGCCCUGAGUACCGCGCAUUGGGACGGCCUCCGCCUCGUCACAUAUAUCUCCGGGAAUGCCGCCGUCAUCCUAACUGGUCCGCAGACCAUCCUCCAAACCAUCUAUGUCGACUCAGUUGAGGACCUCGUUGCAGUAACAAUUGACGAGUCCUCUGGCCGCAUUGCCCUAUGUGACGAGGAUAAUGUAUACAUUUACAAGCCUCUUGGUCGAGAGGAUGGAGUUCUAAGAUGGGUUCAAGUGCAAGAGUUGGACAAUCCACCAUCAUUGAAAUUGACCUCCCUCUCAUGGGGCUCGAAUAAAGAGUUACUACUAGGCGGAUCAAGACUUGUUCUCUGGUAUCUGCCGCUCACCGGGGAUCCAAUUCUCACAUGGAAUCAGGUCCUGGCAUACCCGACGGCGAUUGCAUACAUCUCUCCAGAUAGUGGCCUGAUCGCCUCAGUCGGCUCCCAUGACCGGUUAGUCAAGAUCUGGAGGAGGCUCUCAUUCGAGGCAGAUGGAACACGUUUUGAUGUCAGCUAUCUGCCACAUCCGACAGCCGUCACAAAUCUCCAUUGGCGGAAACCAUGGCACGUCGAACAGAAUCUCGACAACCUCCUCUACACCUUUUGCGCCGACAACCACAUUCGUGUCUGGACCCCUUUCGACCCUCAUGCGCUUGAUGUCUUGCAGCAAGUCGGCACAAUUAACAUGAAGGCUUCCAUACAACCACGAAGGCUGAGUGUCGGUUCUGUGAGUCGAAAACGAUAUGCCUUCAUCAUCGACAGCCGAGACUUUUCAAAGGCCACCGAGGGUGCUGUCCAGGGCUCAAAUCCUCGUUCUGCGGACCAUGCCCUUGAACAUCUCAUCGAGAUCGCCAACCGGAGCCCCGAAGUCUGUGUGGUGCUUGAUGGGAUGGGACACAUGUCUGUCUGGGGACUGGAGCACGCUGGAUACAAGAACAGAAUCCCACCUUCUGUUUUCCACAUCUCCCAUGUCGAUGGAAUGGAUAUUCGCAUUCCGCAGCUGAACGAUCCACUAGACGAUUAUGUGCAAUUCUGCAUCUUUGCAGGCGGUGUGACCCCUUCGUCGUUGUCUCUCCUUCUACAUUCAUACGCUGGCGACGUCGACUGGUAUGACGGGCAAAUUACACAUUUGUUCGACACAGCCAACAGGAGUAGUCGAGCACAUCUGAUAUGUUCUCUUGCCGGCCACAGUGCCCCAAUCAAGCGACUGGUGCGCAAUGUUCGUGGCACGGUGCUCUUGUCGGUGACGGAUGAAGAUCAUGCCAGCCUUUGGCAACACGAGGGCAAACAGUCUUCUGCACCACUGCUUCGUCGAAGUUCCUUCAGAGCGGGGUCCGGUGCCAGGGAUGCCGUUGUUAUGUCCAGAGGUCGAUAUGCGGUAAUCCUCAACUCUCACGGUCUGGAACUCUGGGAUGUGCGAGAAGCCAAAGGCAAACAACUGGGUAGCCUUGCGCUUUCGGGAAACCUCCCUGAUCGCAUAACACAAAGUCGGAUUGCCAGCGACAGAGCCUUGACAAGCCGAGUCGUCAUUGGCUAUUUUCCUGAUGGUUCUGUUGAAGCCUGGGAGUUUCUCCUACCUGCAGAUGAUGGUCGCCGGUCACGCCUUAGCAAUGGAUUUCCGGAAAUCAUCCGAUCUCUAGGUGAGGUGAAGCUGCGUGUAUACAAUAAAUACAACUCUUUGGUGUCGAUAUGCGACAACAUGAAUUCAAACGAUCGACCUGAGGAGAGUCAGAUUGCCAAUUCGCUUGCUUUCACCGCAGCUGUUGCCAAAGAAGGGAUCGUGGAAUUGAUCCAGUCCAACGAAGAAGUCGAUUCCAGCAAACCUCGACUGGAAGCAGGAUCACUACUCGAAACCAAUGUUCUAUCCCCUAGUGCCUUGGGUGUGAAUGGCCAGGGCAAGGUUGUUAUGAUCAACGAAGAUGGCACUAGCCUGACAAUAUGGGACGCGAACACAGGCAUAUGGGAAUACGAACAUGAUCUCGAUGGCACCGAUACAAUAAAGACUUUCGCUUGGGCAGUAUCACCCCAGGGGCAUGUGCUUCUGGCUGUUUGCUACGACUACCAUAUUGUUGUGCUUGGACAGAUCAGAUAUACUUACCCGGCGCACCGGUAUGCCUGGGUCGAUCUGCGACACAUUCGAAUCAGAGACCACACCAAUCACUCUAUAGGUGAUGUCUGUUGGCUGAAAAGCGGUGAUUUGGUAGUGGGAUCGGGCAUCCAACUUUUCGUUUUUGAAGGGUUUGCCAGAAGUCACCACAAUGAAGAGUCUGAGCCCAUCAAAAGUCUCCCACGAAAUCUUGAGAGUGGGUCGGCAUUCACUGUCCUGUCGACAUUGAACUCGAUUCUCCCUGUUUAUCAUCCAACAUAUUUAUCUCUCUUGACCUCGAUUGGGCGCUUUAAGACUGUCAAAGACAUUAUACAUCGACUUCACAAAGACAUGAAGUUUUUCGCUGAAGGAGACGACCUUCCCAGCUUUUUGAACUUUGAGCUCAGCUCAUUUGCCAGCGACGGUCACCAACGAACUAUCAAUUCGACUGCACACCAUGGGCUUAAUGGCGACACCAAUGGAGAUAUCGACGGCGAUUUAAUCGCUGAUAUAUCAACCAAGUUGACGGAAAACCUUGAAAAACACACCAUCAGAGAACUUGAACCAUCGGACAAGUCGAGGCUUUGCCACAGUAUCAAAACAUUUGGUGAACUCGAGCGACAUGCGAAUUCUGUUGACUCGAAUGGUCAGCAAUUUCUUCAAGCUCUUUACAAUUCAGAAAGGAAAGACGUUCCUUGGAGUGCCAUCGCUUUGGCCACUCGAAGUACUUCUCAAGAAAUUCUGAUCAAUCUUGUGACAACACACCACGGGGGCAAGCUCACAUGGGAUGCGGCACGUUCCUCAGGACUCUUCUGUUGGGCGUCAGAUCUCGAAACGUUGCGCACACAGAUGGAGAAUGUUGCGAGAACAGAGUAUACCAAACACGAAGACCGCAAUCCCGUCGAUUGCUCGUUGUACUAUCUUGCACUCGGCAAAAAGAAUGUCUUGCUUGGGCUUUGGCGAAUGGCCGUUGGCGUAGCUGAGAAACCCAACACGUUGAAGCUACUUUCAAACGAUUUUGAAGAGCCUCGAUGGAGAGCGACGGCAUUAAAAAAUGCCUAUGCUCUGAUCAGCAAACGACGAUUUCACUACGCAGCGGCAUUCUUCCUCCUUGGAGGAGAUUUAUGGGGUGCGGUAAACGUCUGUGUGCAUCAGAUUCAAGAUUUGCAACUUGCCGUGGCCAUUGCUAGAGUGUAUGAGGAUCAACCGGGCACUCCAACAUUGCAGCGACUGAUCAAGCAAGUCUUUCUCCCUCGUGCCAUCACCAAUCAACAAGGGCGGUGGAUGGCAACAUGGGCAUAUUCACUGUUGGGAGAGCCGGCUCUUGCCAUGCAAGCCAUAGUUCACCCGCUGCACACCGCCAUUGGGAAAGCAUUGUGUGACAUGGAUGAGACCGAUCCGAUCGAAUCCUUGAACUACGCCGCCAAUGACCCCGUGCUGACAGUUCUCUACCUUGAACUCCGAACUCAGUUUAUAAAGCAGAAUCGUUGGCGCGGAAUCAUUAGUCAGAAGGACGAGUGGGAUUUUGUCAUGCGGUGCGUACGGCAGUAUCUGCGCAUGGGAUGCGAUGCGAUGGCUCUUGCUCUGGUGCGCGACUGGAUGUUCGUGGACCAGAGUAAAGAGAUAGGCUUCAGUGAGGACAACAUGCCGCCCAAAGAGCCAGGUAUCCAGAAACGUAAGACGUUCAUUGACCUGGAGAAACAAGCGGAUGAAGAAGAUGAACAAGUACAGAAGGCCGUCAGGGAAGAGACAUUCCAGCAACAGCAGCCUGUGAAGAAACCACCGCCGACACAAUUUCAAGAGCCCAGUGCCGAUAGCUUACUGGAUAGUUUUGGCUUUUGAGGACUGUUUGAGAACAUAUAUCAGAGAAUUAUACGUCUAUAAGAUUCUGGUUGCGAGUCUAAACAUGGUGAUGAGUGGUAUUUCUAUUCACCCGCAGGCCCUUCUUUUGAGUUCAACCAUAAGAUUCGAUCUGCUAUCUUAUCAGACCAGCAGAAGGCUCACGAGGUGGGGUUACAGCCAGUCGAUCCUGAUGCUCAUCCAAUCCAUCAACAGUCCUUCUUGGCUCGCAGAUUCGCUAGGAAGACGAGGGUUCAGAGGCGGUCGAGACUCUGAACCCUUGUCAGAUUGGCAACUAUUGUCGGAUGCAAUGACAUGAGCUCUUUUCUUUUUCUCUCAUUUUUUGUUUGAACGCGUGAGACGUUCGCUAAUGAUAAUAUUAAUGUGUCAAAGCUACUCCUUUUUAUUAAAUCCAUCGCAUCAAACCAUCAUAUGGUCGAUUCAGACAAAACAAGCAACCAGUUAAACUCAACCAAG